CAGGAAGGCUCAGCGAGAGCAGAGGUGGACUGUGUCUCCGCUAAAGCUACAAACUACCAAUAAAUUCCGUGGAAUUAAAUAAAUAUUUCUUUCUUUCUGGAUACCGGGUAUUUUUCUCUGGACGUUUUGGAAUCAAAUAGCCGACAAACGAUACUGAAAAUCCGUCUGGCGAGGAGCUCCAACUUGGUUGAAGCGUCAAAUGUACUAAACGAAACGGAAAUAACUUGCCUGCUGCCUGGCUAAGCUUGCUAGUGGCUGAAUGUCAACUCUGUGGGUGAUGGAGUUGAGCAGGCAACUCUGUGGGAAGAUGAGGAGGUCCAGGAGGGCCCAGUUCCCCUCUUCUCCUACUUCCACUUUGGGCCUGGAGAUCCACUUUUACAUGCCAGAGGUGCACCAGCUAGAGUAUCUCAGCGGCUGCUACACUGCAGAGCAGCUCUGUGUCAAUGCCGCCAAGAAAUGCUCAAUCUCUCCCUUGUGCCAUAAUCUAUUUGCCCUGUACAAUGAGACAACUGACACAUGGUACCCCCCCAACUAUGAGUUCAAGAUCACAGAUGAAACCAGUCUCAAGUUGAGCUACCGCAUGAGGUUUUAUUUCAGAAACUGGCAUGGCACCACUGAAGGAGAGUCUCCAGUUUGGAGACACUGCAUCAGUAAACUCAGAGGAGGACCACAGAAAACACCGGAAGGGACGCCGCUGCUGGAUGCUGCCUCUCUGAACUACCUGUUUUCACAGGGCCAGCAUGACUUUCAGAAAGGCGUGGUUCCACUGAGGAUGUCCCAGUCAGAAGCAGAACAACACGAGAUCGAAAAUGAGUGUUUGGGCAUGGCUGUGCUUGCUAUCACUCAUUAUGCCACAAACAUGGAUAUGCCCACUUCACAUGAAAUCAGCUACAAACGUUUCAUCCCAGAGUCGCUGAACCGCAACAUUAAGCAGCGUAACCUUCUGACACGCAUCCGCAUCAACAACGUCUUCAAGAAGUUCCUCAGCGAAUUCAACCGCCGCACAGUCAAGGACAGCAACAUCACGCCGUAUGACCUGAAGAUCAAGUAUCUGGCCACAUUAGAGGGCCUGACCAGCGGAUUUGGCAGCGAGGUGUUUGAGCCCAUCUCGCUCAGUGUAAUGCAGGAAGGGGAGCUCUUCAAUGGAGGUUACUAUGGGUUCUACAACCAGUGCCAAGGGCAGAGCCAGAGUCAGAACAUGGAGACAAGCCAUGACAUGCAGGUCCUGGUUACUGGUACCACUGGCAUUUCCUGGAGAAAGAAGCCCGUUACAACACCUGUGAUCUCUAAAGAAAAGGGCAAGUCAAAGAAGAACAAGCUGGAUGGAAAGCAGAAAAACGAUAGAAAGAAAGAGGUGAACGAAGGCUGGGUGGUGUUCUGUGACUUCCAUGAGAUCACCCACACUGUCAUCAAAGAGGCAACGGUCACCAUCUACAGACAGGACAACAAGAGGAUGGAGUUGCAAAUGGCUUCUCGGGCUAAGGCUCUGUCCUAUGCCGCCCUUGUGGAUGGUUACUUCAGGCUGACAGUGGAUGCCCACCACUUCCUGUGCAAGGAGGUGGCCCCUGCUUCAGUUGUGCACAACAUCAACAACGGCUGCCACGGACCCAUCUGUACCGAGUAUGCCAUCCACAAGCUGCGUCAGGAGGGCAACGAGGAGGGCACCUACAUCCUGCGUUGGAGCUGCACUGACUACCAGUACAUCAUCAUCACUGUUGUCUGCAAUGAGAUCGACCUGAAGGACUCUCGUCCUGUGCGUCUGUAUAAGAACUUCCAGAUUGAAGUGGCCUCCGACGGGUUCCGCCUGUACGGCACUCAGACGGUUGGUUCCACUCUUGGGGAGCUUCUGGAGCACUUGGAGGGCCAAAGUCUUCGCACCGAUAACCUUCACUUCCAGCUGCUACACUGCUGCCCUCCACAGCCGAGAGAGAUAUCCAACUUGCUGGUGGUCACUAAAGAGAGAGCUCCAGCUCCUCAGACGCCGAUGCAGGAGUCUCAGCUCAGCUUCCAUCGCAUUCUCAAGGAGGAGAUUGAACAGGAGGAGCACCUUGGCCUGGGCACAAGAACCAACAUAUACUCAGGCACACUGAGGGUGAAGAGUGAGGAGGAGGAAGAUGCAGGUUACUCAUCUUUUCAGGAGGUCAAGGUGGUCCUGAAGGUGCUGGGUUCUGGACACAGGGACAUCUCCUUGGCUUUCUUCGAAACAGCCAGUAUGAUGCGACAAGUGUCCCACAAACACAUAGUGCUGCUGUAUGGAGUGUGUGUCCGCCACCAGGAGAAUAUCAUGGUUGAGGAGUUUGUCCAGCGAGGACCACUGGAUGUGUUUAUGAGGAGACAGCAGAGCCCGCUCAGCACACCUUGGAAGUUCCAGGUGGCCAAGCAGCUGGCUGCAGCCCUCAGCUACUUGGAGGACAAAAAGCUGGUCCAUGGCUUUGUGUGUGCUAAAAACAUCCUGCUGGCCAGGGACGGACUGGGAACUGAUGAAGGAGGGCCCUUCAUCAAGCUCAGCGACCCAGGAAUACCAAUCACAGUACUCACUAGAGAGGAGUGUGUGCAUCGUAUCCCAUGGAUCGCUCCGGAGUGUGUGAAGAGUGUGUCUUCCCUGAGCGUCGCCGCUGACAAGUGGGGCUUUGGUACCACCCUGUGGGAGAUCUGCUAUGAUGGAGAGGUUCCCCUCAAAGAGAAGAAACUCACAGAGAAGGAGAGGUUUUAUGAAACAGAAUGCCAGCUGGCCACCCCAGACUGCAGAGAGCUGGCUGAACUGAUGACCGACUGCAUGAACUACGACCCCAAGAAGAGACCUUUCUUCAGGGCUAUCGUCAGAGACAUAGACAUGCUAGAGGAAAAGAAUCCAUAUAUCAAACCCAAACCUACACCAGAGGUGGACCCAACUGUGUUUGAGAAGAGAUUCCUGAAGAAGGUCCGAGAUCUGGGAGAGGGCCACUUUGGCAAGGUGGAGCUGUGUCGCUAUGAUCCUCGGGGGGAUAAAACGGGUGAGCAGGUGGCAGUGAAGUCACUAAAGCCUGAGAACCGGGAGGAGCAGAGCACCAACCUCGCGCGUGAGAUCGACAUCUUGAAGGCACUCUACCAUGAAAACAUUGUCAAAUACAAGGGCAUUUGUCAAGAGGAAGGUGGUCAGGCCAUUAAACUGAUCAUGGAGUACGUUCCACUGGGCAGUUUGAAGGAGUAUCUACCCAGACACAAAAAGGAUACCAGCCUCAGCACCCUGCUCAGCUACUCUAUCCAGAUAUGCAAGGGAAUGGACUAUCUGGGAUCUCAAAAUUACAUCCACCGGGACCUGGCCGCCCGAAAUGUGCUGGUGGAGAACGAGAGGACGGUGAAGAUCGGAGAUUUCGGCCUCACCAAGAGCAUCAAGGACAAUGACGGAUAUUACACGGUCAAAGACGAGAACGACAGCCCUGUUUUCUGGUACGCUCCAGAGUGUCUGACUCACUGUAAGUUCUACCUUGCUUCGGACGUUUGGUCCUUUGGGGUCACGAUGUACGAACUCAUCACCUACUGCGACUCCUCCAAGAGCCCGAUGAUGCUCUUCCUCGGUAUGAUUGGUCGGACUCACGGUCAGAUGACUGUCAUCCGGUUGGUGAAGGUGCUGACAGAAGGGAGGAGAUUGCCACGUCCUGACGGCUGUCCUGAGCUUGUGUACGAGCUGAUGCGCAAGUGCUGGGAGCAAAUGCCCGACAAGAGGAUCACCUUCAGUCGCCUGAUCGAGGAACUGAGCAACAUGCAGCAACAGCUCCAACCACAAAACGACCUUUAAACAUCAAACCGGCGGAGGCUCCGGGAGUGAAGGCGACUCAGCGGGCCGACCAGGGAAAAGAUGCGGACCUCAAAACUUACCCCAGAUCAGCAUCUGCUUCUGCAGCUUCACAGAGACAGUCGAGAAGGACGAGAGCUUCAGCCAAAGCUCCUUCAUUCUCGCAUAUAAACCUUCCACAACUUUGUUAGUAAGAACUUUAGUCCUCAUCAACUCGUUUUACUCUGGCAUAUUUCUAACAUUUUCAUUUGAUGCUCUCGUAUUUCUCGUAUUAUUCUGAUGUUUCAUCAUUUGAGCCGAGUUUUUUGGAUGAAACCAGUCAGUCUCGUUGAAUCUUGUAGCCUUCGCCCCUUGCUUAAUAUGACCGUGUAUCUUACCAAGGACUUCCGAGUGUAUCUAACAGACUUCGCUCUCUGCAUUGCAAGAAAACUCAUGUGGACACAUGGCUCAUACGAUGUGCUGCCUUAUAAUUGUGUGGACUUUUUAAAGAUAUUUUAUGGGCAUCUUUCGCCUUUGUUGGACGGAGUGGGGUGAAGACACAGACAGAAAUUGUGGAGAGACCGAGAGUCAGGACAUGCAGCAAAGGUCCCCCGGCUGGAGUCGGACCGGCAACGGUGCGGUCACAUAACCAUUCAGCCUCUGUGUGGACUGAUGGCCGAUGUCGCUCUCAUUCAUGGAACCUUGAACGGUGGAAUCAGCGCAGAGAAAGGAACUGUUCAGCGCUCACACAGCCAAACGGAUGUGUGGCGUUCUUUGUGACGGAGUGGAUCGCCGAUGAAUCACGAGAGUUGCUCGGAUGGACGGGAUGGAGACGCUGGGACACGGGCAAUAACACAGAUGAUGAUGAUGUGGUUUUUCACUGUUUGUGCCACUGCCAUUUGUUUCAUAGACUCCCUCAUAGACACAUUAUUCCUUUUAGGGAGCUGUGACAUGAUGUGUGCUAAACGUUUGGAUUUUCUGCUCACGUGCAGAUGCCAGCAGUCAGUCAGCGACAGUCCUCUCACUGCGUCAUUCUUGUAGAGGCUGAAAGAUGGUUUAAUUGCUUCAGCCAUUUUCAGGCUAAAAGGCCAAACGUUCAUUGAUUUUAGCUUCACAGCUGUGAGGGUUCUCUGCUUUCCUUUGUUUUAGACUUGGUUGGACUAAACAGGAAACUGUGAUGGACCUUUUUAUUAAUCUCAGACAUUUUAUAGAGCAGUUAAUCAAGAAAAUAAUGCACAGAUUAAUCAAAAAUGAAUUAGUCCUUAUUUGUACCUGCAUUUUAAUAAGUAUGUAAUUAUAGUAAUACAUCAAAUGCUUGACUUACGCACUGUAACCAGACACCAGUGAGAAUACGUUCAGGAAGAGAAAACAUUUUUUCUUUUACAGAUUAUGGCUCUCUAAUCUCCUUUCAUGUGGUUUCAUCCACCAGGAAGGAAAAAUCAUCUUUUACACUGCGUCAGAUCCAGUCUUGAGAUUUGUCAGGCCGCCUGAUUGUUUGAGGUGGAUCUGUUUAGAAUCUGAGUUCAGUUCAUCAAAUAAUGUAGCGGAUCGUUAAUAAGAGCCUGUAUGCAUCCAAUUAGUCCACUUAUGUCCUCAAGUAUCCAGCACUGGUGUUAGUUGUGGAGUGAGAGAUUAAGAUGAGUACCAGUGAGAGACACUUGAGGGCAGCAUCACUUCACUUUUCCCUCAAUUCUCUUUGUAGCUUUACAUUUAACUUCAAAUCUGUAAAGGCCACAAAUACUUGAUAAAAUGUCUGUAUACUUUACAUAAUAUUGCAAAAAAGAAGAGCCAAUUGCCAUUGUUGCUGAGUAUAUAUGGAAGGACUUAGAUAGUAAACAGGAUUUGUAGUGAUUGAAUAAUCCGCUGAUUAUACACAUGGCACUCAUUUGUUGUUCAUUUGUUCUGAAAAGUAUAAUUUCUCUUGUUGACAUAACGUUCAGAACUACGUAUGUGCAUUUUAUUUUUAUCAUUUCCUUUUUAAUCCUCCAAUAUGCCUGAACUAUUAUGGAAGUGUAUUUUAUCUGUAUGUAUGUAUGUAUGUCAAACAGUUUGAGCAGGGGGGGUACGGUCUUAAAUCCAUCAGGAGAGCCGUCUCGCCCAGUCAGACAUUAUCAUGAUUUCAGAAAUGGUCAGUUUACUCAUUGCAACUGUACUGUGGCUUUUACUGUGACUGUUGGCACAAAGGCAAAAAAAAAAGAAAGAGACAAAAGUCAAGACAAAGUUGCGCUUCAGUCCACAUUUUAUUUAGGAAUGUAAAAGACAAUUCCUUCUGCUCAAAAUAAGAGAAAA